AUGGCUGGAAACAGCUCAACGACCAUCCGAGCGCUUCCUGGGCAAGAACCACACCGGGGAGAGAGGUCCGCCUUGUCGACAACUGGCGCGUCUGGUCUGCCAUGUGCUCCGAUAUUCAAACUCGGCUCCUGGACCGAGUCGAUUCGGUCUAUCAUGACAAACUCGACCAAGGAAACCGUCGGAACAGCUCAGGUUGCGCAUAUUGACGGCGCAUCUUGUGGCAAGAGCGCUGUGAAUGCUCGCCUCAUUUUUGCCUGCGUGGUCUUCUGUGCGGCGUCUUUUGUAUUUGGAUACGAUGACAAGCUGAUUUCGCCAGUGGCGGCGUUGCCUGCGUUUGUCGAGAAAUAUCAAGGUCCAAAUCCGGCUACAGGCCGAUUAGUGCUCACGGCGCGCAAUCAAGAUCUGGUGUUCUCUCUGCCACUGAUCGGGGCUGUUGUCGGAGGACUGCUAAGCUCACCCUUGAACUACCACCUGGGUCGUAAAUGGCCCCUGAUUGUAGCAUACGUCGUGUCCAUCGGUGGUGGAUUACUCCAAGUCUUUGCCCCUAAUCUGGGAGCUUUUGUUGGUGGCCGGUUCAUCAACGGAGUUGCCAUGGGCAUUGCCAUGGCCACAGCCCCACUAUAUUUAUCUGAUGUUGUACCAGCUUCGAUGCGCGGCCGGAGUGUCAGCUCCAUCAAUAUCCUCAACCUCACAUCCGGAGUCGUUGGCACCGUCAUCGUAUGGGGCACGCAAAGAAUCGGCGGACGAGCAUCCUACCAGAUCCCUCUCGCCAUUCAAUCUGCCAUUCCCCUGGUGCUUCUUCUCCUCACACUUUCAGCCCCUGAAAGUCCAGUCUGGCUAGUGAGCAAGAACCGCCUGGGCCAGGCCCGUAUCAAUCUCCGCAAACUGCGCGGAUUCACCGACGGGCAAGUCGAUGACGAACUAUGUCUGAUGCAGCGCAGCGAAAAAGAAGCUCGCGAGCUGCGCGCCCAGGUCAAAUUCUGGCACAUCUUCAAACGCCAACACCUUCGACGCACUCUUGUCGCAGGCUCUUUUUAUUCUCUCAACCAAAUCUCGGGUGUCAUCUUAUCCACGACAUACACUACCGUCUUUCUCACCCAACUUGGCAUCGGCGACCCUUUCUCCCUGACAAUCAUCGCGUCCUGCUGCACCCUCGCCGGUACAAUCGCCGCGCCCCUAGUCAUCGAUCGCGCCGGUCGUCGACCCACGGCCUUUUUCGGAAUGACCAUUCUCUUCACCAUCGACCUGAUCGCCGGAAUCCUGGCCUUUUUCCCUUCCAACAAUCACGCCACUCUCGCCAUUGCCGCCCUUUCUUUCAUUUUCAACUUCUUCUGGGCUUCUUCCUUCUACUCGCUCUCCGCCCUGAUGCCCGCAGAAAUGGUCACCCCCAAGCUUCGCCACCACACCAUGUCCUACACCAUCGCCUGCCAGGGUCUCACCGCAGUAAUCACCACCCUGGUCGUCCCGCAAUUGACUUCUGCAGAUGCGGCGGGCCUAGGAGCAAAGCUUUACCUUGUUUUUGCGGGCUGCAUGGCCGCAAUCAUGAUCUUCUUCUAUCAUUAUAUGCCCGAGACAAAGGGUCGUACAUUUUUCGAAAUUGACGAAAUGUAUGCUGCCAAGAUACCGGCCUGGAAGUGGAGGUCCUAUCGACCGUUGAGUGAAGGGAGGGCUGUGACUGAAGCGGUUGGGUCGAGAGGACGUAGUCUUCCUCCACCCUUUAGUAGCGGUUAUACCACGUUAGCAAAGCUACACGCUCGUGUCCAUUAG